UCAGUCUGACCUCAAUUCUCUCCACCGGAUCCAGAGCAGUCACAGCGUCCAGGUACUAAAUUUAGAGACCAUCCAGCGAAAAUUCUGUUUCAACCAGCGGAGAUCGAUUGCAACGGUCCCCAGUGCGUCAGUGCAGACCGUAACUGCGGAGUAUCAGUUACGAGUAACUAAGUUGACUUUGUGACUUUGCAUUGGACAAUUAGGUCAUCCAGGCUCCAGCUGGUGGUGAGGUAAGCAGGUGUUAUUUUUGUUAUGUUGCUCAAUGGUCUUCUCCAAAACACAAUUGAAGACACGAUUGCGCGUCGACUGCGGUGCCUGAGGCCAACAGGGAGGGGAGGGGGGGUAAAUCCCUCCGUUCUAGACCGCAAUGGCGUGACUCUCCAAGGGUGGACUUUGACGUGCUCGGCGGUUGUCACCUCGCCCUGGGGAAAUAAUGCGCAAUCGUUUGGGGAAGAAAAGCUGACCUUUUCUCAUCUAGGUGGUAUUGCUCUACUCUACCCAAGUAUACGGAUAGAGUUCAGUUCUAGAAUUCCCCGCUGUUCAGUUAUAUUUACCAUAUCUUCCUCCUCCUCCUCCCCCCCUUCUCGCCCUCCCUCUGCUUUCCCUCGUCAUACUCCCACUCCCAUCGGUUCAUCGGCAAUCGGACAUACAUCCAUCGAUCGACUUUCCAAGAAGGGACCGGAAUCGACCAUCAUUCUUAUACAUCGACGAUUCUUGUGUCUUGUGUACCUCAUCUCGGUAUCCCUUGGUCACGCAAUAUUCUCCGAGCGGAUUUUUUGGGUUUACUUCUCAGCCAGCUGCACGACAACCCAUCACCGCCACUUAAUAAUCCCGCAACGGGAUCACAACAACACCCUUCUUUGGCAUCAGCCGUUGCACGUGCGGUGCGGUGUACCCUGAGAACGAUAUCGUCAUCGGCCUCUCUUAUCCCCAACAAUUACAAGAAAAGAAAAAAAGGGGGCAGGAAAUUCAAUUUUCUCUGCAAGCCAGACAACGAAAAUAAAAAUUGGUAUGUAUGCCUCCUCGUAUCAGGCUAAAAUCUAUUAUGCCUUGUUGGAAAAAAGUCCCUUAUCUCUCCCCACUCAGAGGCCUUUGAUAACCGUCCAACAAGUCGGCCAC